AUGGUGGCUCCGGAAGUGGAUAAUGGUAAUGACCAAACCGUUACUGUUGGUUUAGCAAAAUCUGGCAGGUGGUGGAAACCAUCUCAAGACACACGAUUCUCAAAUAUAAAGAAGGAUAAACCUUUACGUUCAACAUGGGAUCAAAAAAUGAAAGCCAGAGCAGAGAAAAAAUCCAUCAAAGAAUAUUCAAAAAGACUUCAGGAUGAAAAAAGAAGAGAACGGAUAGAGUAUUGGGACAGGGUGAAAGCACAUCGAGUGAAAAAAGAAGAAAAUCGUAAAAAUUCUGAAGUUGUUCAAGUUAUUAAAAAUACAAAAAAAAUUAAAAGAUUGAAAAAGAAACAGCUGCGACAAAUAGAAAAGAGGGACAUUACUGGCGUAAAAACGAAGAAGAUGUUACCCACAGAUACAAGGACUAAAAAAUAA